UGUUUGGUGCUCUAAGGGGUCGUCUAGGUGACAGCAACAAAAAUUUAGUCAUGGCAACAUUGACAUGCAUUGGCAAUGUUGCAUGUGCAAUGGGUCCAGCUGUUGAGAAAGCAAGCAAGGGCAUUUUAGUGGAUGUUUUGAAAUGUUUGGGUGACAAUAAAAAGCAUAUGAGGGAAUGCACAUUGAAUACUUUAGAUUCUUGGCUCUCUGUUGUUCAUCUUGAUAAAAUGGUUCCUUACAUUGCAGCAGCUUGGACAGAUGCAAAACUUGGUGCGGAAGGGCGCAAAGAUCUUUUUGAGUGGUUGUCAAAACAACUAUCUGGGUUAACUGAAUUUCCUAAUGCUGUACAGCUACUAAAGUCAGCUUCCUCUGCUCUGACGGUAAUUUUGACUUGUCAAAAACAGUGAAAUAUUCUUUUUACUUGUUUGCAUUGCUAGAAUAUUUCCAUGCUAACAAUAAUGUGCAUAGAGAUGUAAGAAUCAUGAUGCCAGUUCCCUUUCCAUUGUUUCUGGUU